GCCUGCAAAACUCUUAAAUUCAACCAUCACUUUUCAAGAAUUUUUGUUCUUCAAGUUGGGAUUUUUCCCUGUAAUUCUCGCAAUCUUUUUGUGAAAUUCGGCGCCACCGUUGAAUUCCUCUGCAUUCUUUGCAAUGGUGGAGAAUUAAGCUACAGAGCUGUGUCUUUCACAUAGAGCAAACCCAGCAGUGGAAACUGUAGUCUUGGACGUUGAUCUCUUUGCACUUGAAUGAGGGUUUUACGUUUUUGAGAAGGUUUUUAAAAGACCGAAGUUCAUGCAUUCGUUUUCCCAUUUUUUGUUCUUUAAGUUAGGAAAGUUUGAGUCUUUAAUGGGUAGGCUUCGGUGUGUUUAAGGUUUUUAGGGCUUUAAGCUUUUGGGAAGUUUCUGGGUUUGUUUUCUGUUUUUAAUUAUUAUAUAUCUAUGGAGGAGAAAGAGAGCUCUGGUUCUGGGGUUGGCGUGAAAGUUGAUGAGGUCCCAGAGAGCUACCGGAUAGGCCCAGGGACCGAAAAUCCGACCCAAUUAGGCGAGGGGCCCACAAUGGCGGCUACGGCUGCCUCGCCGGUGAGUGUGGCGACGCCCGGUACGAGAAUGAAGAAGAAGAGGGGCAGGCCAAGGAAGUAUGGUCCCGACGGUGCCGUAUCGCUGGCAUUGUCUCCGAUGCCGAUUUCAUCCUCGAUACCACUUACCGGGGAGUUCUCAGCUUGGAAACGGGGUAGGGGGAGGCCCAUCGAAUCCGUCAAGAAGUCGCAUAAGCACGAGUAUCGCAGCUCAGCAUUUUGUAUUGUAGGUGAGAGAAUUGCAUACUCUGUUGGUGCAAAUUUUACUCCCCAUGUGAUCACUGUUAAUGCUGGUGAGGAUGUUACAAUGAAGGUUAUGUCCUUCUCCCAACAAGAAUCCCGUGCUAUAUGUAUUCUUUCUGCAAAUGGUACAAUUUCUAAUGUUACACUUCGGCAACCUACUUCUCUAGGGGGUACCUUAACAUAUGAGGGUCGAUUUGAGAUACUUUCUUUGUCUGGAUCAUUUCUGCCUACCGAGAAUGGAGGGACAAAAAGUAGAUCUGGUGGGAUGAGCGUCUCUUUGGCUGGACCAGAUGGUCGAGUGGUUGGGGGAGGACUUGCUGGUUUAUUAGUGGCUGCUGGCCCUGUGCAGGUUAUUGUGGGCAGUUUUCUACCAGGGCACCAGCAAGAACAGAAGCCCAAGAAGCAAAGAAUUGAGUCUACAUCAACUAUGACCCCUAUUCAUGCCAAUCUUCUCUCUACUGAAGAAACAAACGGAGUCUAUGGGAGAGAAAGGCCCGUUCUCACGUCUUCUACUGCCUUUCAUGGAGACAAUUCAGCUUCUCUUAACCCACAUUCAGGGCUUUAGGAGCUUGGCUGAUGACAUGACUUCUACGCCAAAGGCCCCAGCUGAGUGAUUUGCAAGGUUUCUUGUUGAUCAUGUUCACUCCUUGUACCCUAAUUGUCUUGAUUUUUUUCCUGAACCCUACAACAUUUAGGCUCACUCAAAUUUGUUUGACACCGGUAUAAAUUUGAUCGCCAUUUGCUGAGAACAAAGUACAGACUAGGAUUCGAUGUAAUGUUGGUUUUAACCCCCACAAGUCUACUCUCUCUAUAGGUAUUAGGUAGAACUUCUAAUGAUUAGGCCUAUCAUGUGUCUGUUGUCAUGAUGUAUUUUCUUCAUAAUGUAUUUGCUAGUGUUGUCCACUCAUUGGUGUAACAUUUAUAGAUGUAUGAAACCUGGUAUCUCAUUGUAUUUUUCUGAU